AUGGCUGCUGAAGCGACUUCGAGUCAAUUAAACAAUUCUUUACCAACAAACCAUAAAUCUGCAAUCACUGCAGCCCCCAAUCCAAUACAAAAUGGAUUAAGUAGUGACAUUUUUCCGCAAAUCGACACAAUCUUUAUUGAAUUACCUAAAGUGGGCGUGUUGAACACGCCCCAUUCGCCUAGAGCAAUGACCAACAAAGAACCAGAUAAAUCAUUUGGCUGGGGAAAAUUUCGGCCAAAGUGUUUACAACGUUUUUGUAGCGCGAAGUGGGCGCUUUUCUGGCUCUGCUGGGGUGGUGCCAUGCAAGGUCUUAUCGUGAAUGGCUUUAUCAAUGUCGUCAUCACAACAAUCGAACGACGCUUUGGAUUGCGUUCUCGCCAAACGGGGCUCGUCGCAAGUGGCUACGACAUUGCGUCUUUCGUUUGCCUGGUGCCAGUCACAUAUUUUGGCGGACGCGUUGGAGCAUCGAAACCAAAAAUCGUAUCGUGGGGCAUUAUUUUGAUGGGCAUCGGAUCGCUCACGUUUGCUUUACCACAUUUCUUAGUGAGUAGCUAUCGUGCAACGAUGAGCGAUAGCAAUGUAUGCCAGGAAACUGAAUCAAAUACCACAACUUAUGAGUCUUGCAGCCAGGAUGCGGAAUCAGAGUCGUUUACUGAGCAGGAGAAUCUUUCUUGGACAGUUUGGUUAUUCUUUUUGGCACAGUUGCUGCAUGGUGCGGGCGCCUCACCCCUCUUCACAUUGGGUGUCACAUACAUCGAUGAGAAUGUCUCAAAGAAGAUGUCCUCGGUGUAUUUGGGUAUCUACUACACCAUGGCGAUAAUUGGGCCGGCUGUUGGUUAUGUGCUCGGCGGGCAGCUUUUACUGAUUUAUACCGAAUUCAUGACUAUGGAUGCCUCUGACUUGGGCCUUACGAGCUCCAGUAAAGUUUGGAUUGGCGCCUGGUGGAUCGGUUUCGUUUUUGCUGCCGCCGCUUGCGUUCUGCUCUCCAUACCGAUUUUCGGUUACCCAAGUUCAUUACCGGGAGCCGAGCAACUGCAACAGCAAAAGGUGUCGGAGGCCUACAAUGGCGAUAGUAAUAAGAUUGAGCAGCCCUUCACCAAAUUAAAAGAACUGCCAAACGCACUAAUUUCAUUGCUGAAGAAUCCAACAUUUUUCUGUUUGAAUUUGGCUGGUGCGACAGAGGGAUUGGUGAUCGCUGGUUUUGCCGCUUUCUUGCCCAAACAAAUCGAGAAUCAGUUCAGUAUUUCGCCAGUUUGGUCGGCUCUCUUGAUGGGACUCAUCACAGUGCCUGCCGGUGGUGGUGGUACAUUUCUGGGUGGUUAUCUGAUCAAAAAAUGGAAUUUAACCUGCUCACAAAUAAUAAAAAUGUGUUUAAUAAUGACAAUGAUUUCGGCGUGUUUUACAUCUUGCUUUCUGCUUUCGUGCCCCAAUUUGGAUUUCGCCGGUGUGACUACACCUUAUCGCGAAGUAAGUUUGCACAACGUAAAUGAGGAACGGCAGCAAAAUCUGACUGAUGGCGUUGAAAGGUCUUAUCUGGGUACGGAGCUCCAAGCGCAAUGUAACUUCGAGUGUGGAUGCAAGAAGUUGAAUUAUGAACCGAUUUGUGGCGCCGAUGGUGUGCUCUACUAUAGUCCGUGCUUUGCGGGCUGUGGAGAGGAAUACAACAGGAACCACAUAAAAACUUACUCGAAUUGUUCGUGCAUCGAUAAGAAAGCGUUUAGAGCAGCUGAUAUGCCGGACGCUACCAACACGAUGUGCGAGUCUACAUGCCAGUAUUUGCCAUAUUUUGUGGGCUUAUGUUUUGUGCUGAUGCUGUUCACAUUUUUAUCGACCAUGCCAGCAUUGUCGGCUACUUUAAGGUGUGUUCACGACGACCAGCGUUCCUUUGCUCUGGGCAUUCAAUGGAUAAAAGUUCGCCUGCUGGGCACUAUACCAGCACCGAUGAUAUUUGGCACCCUCAUCGAUGACUCGUGUAUUCUUUGGCAAGAAACUUGUGAUCUAGACGGAGAUGGAGUUGGUGCUUGUCUUGUCUAUGACAAUAACAACAUGAGCAAGUACAUGUGGCUACUGGCACUGGUGGGUAAAACUCUCUCUGUUAUAUUUUUCUUUGGCGCCUUUUGGUUUUACAUUCCACCGAAACAGUCAGCUGUUAACAGCGAUAACAUACAGCCUGUAAAUAACAGCACUGACAUCAAGAUUGUGGCCAAUGUAGACGCCGACUGAAUUGUACUGCUAAUAAACAUGCGCAAAAAUAUACAUUUCGAUGGAUAUAUACAUGUAGGCAUAUGUUCUUGUUUAGAAGGAACCCUCAAAACAAAAGAGAAGUAGUUUUUAAUCUCCCUCUCACAUGCAAGUACGUACUCGGA